UUUCCCCUCUCAGGCGCCCCAUGGCCGAUCCCAUCCCGGUUCCCGUGGCAAUCCUGCGCCUCCCGCGGGGCCCCGACAGCUCCGGCAGCCGCGGCUUCUCCCGGGAGCACCGGGGCCGCUCCCGGCAGGAUGGCCCGGAGGGUGCCCCGGAGGGUGCCCCGGAGGAUUCCCGGUGCCCGGCGGCGCUGCAGCGCGCCCGGGCGUUGCUGCGGGAGCGCUUCCUGCGCCUGCUGGGCCGGGCCCGGGGCCGGCGGGCGCGGUUCCGCCUCUGCACCGGGCUCCGUCUGCUCGGGGACUUCGGGGCCGCCG